UUUAUGGUGGACAAGGAUAUGUGUGAGAUGAAUGCCUUGCGGAAAGUCUUCCCAGAGUCAGAUAUCUUGCUUUGCUGGUAUCAUGUUAUGCAAGCUGUUGUCCGCUGGCUUUCGAAGACAGACUCUGGAGUCAGUGGGCCAUCAAAUACUGAUGUUAGAACAGAAAUAAUUUAUUUCGUCAGAAAGAUGAAGCUUUGUGCAACACAUCAAGAUUUUAAGUCAACUGCUGAACAAUUCCUCAAGAGGUUUGAAGAUUUCCCAGCUCUUUGCUCAUACUUCAAGGAUCACUGGCUAGAAAUAGGACACACAUGGUCUGACUUUGGACGGUGCUACAACCAUGCUGACUCCGAUACAAACAAUCUUGUUGAAAGAUUUUUCCAUCGCCUAAAAUAUCAGUUUUUGGGAGGCAUUAGGAACCGUAGACUGGAUGAUCUUAUCAGCAUUCUCAUCAAGAAGACAGAUGGAUACUUCCAGGUCAUUCACGAUUUGCAGGCAGCUGGAAGAAUGAAAAAUGCAUCUUUGAAGUCAGGAGAAAUACUUAAGUCUGCCUCUAGAUUGGUGGAAAAAGGUUGGCAAGAUAGCAUUAAUCUUAUAUCCAACCUUUAUGUACCUUUAUGA